GGGAUCUAUUCUCACACUUAGCACAAAACAAACACACACUAACUCUCUUUCUUUCAGUGAUGGAACCCUAAGCCCGAUUUCAAUAAUCGAAACUGCUAUUUCUUGUAAUUUUUAAAGGAUUUUUGAUGUUUAUACGUUGAUUGUUGAGAUAGGGUUUAGGAGUUGUUAAAAAUGGCGGAGAAUUCGAGCUCGAGAAUUACAAUCACGCUAGGACGUACCGGUCAGGUAGCGAAAUUCGUAAAUGGAGAAACGAUGCUUUUUCGUAUGAAUUUUAUGAUAUUUUUAUGGUGGUAAAGAAAGCAGGACCUGGAUUAGAUCAUCCCUUUCCAGCAGUUGGGAGUAAACGGUCUGUCAGAGAUAGACUAGGUACCAUUGCAGAUUCAACGACCGAAUUCAAUAAUAAACGUCAGCGAGGAGAUGGAAGUAGAUUGAGCUCUCAUGCCUCUAGUGGCAUUGAUGAUGCACGGCUUGGUAAAGAUGACCUGCGAUAUAAAAUCAUGCGGAAAACUGCACUUGACCGGGGUCAAAGCAAUGGCCAGCAGAAUGGGGUGGAUCUGCGUGAUUUCCUAUCAAGGCCUGCUCAAUCUUCAACUGCAAAACCUAGUUCACGACAGCACAUACCUGAUCCGAGGGAUAAUAGACCACGAGUAUCUGAGAUGAGGGAUAAUAGACCACGAGUACCUGAGCCGAGGGAUAAUAGACCACGAGUACUUGAGCCAAGGGAUGAUAGACAUCAUAUGCUUGAUUCAAGAGGUUCUAGACAGUACUUGCCUGAAAUCAGAGAUUCAAGACAGUACAUGCCUGAAGCCAGGGAUUUUAGAGGGCACCCUCCAGAGCUAAAGGAUGUUAGGUAUAAUACACCCGAGUCCAGGAGUUUGAGCAUACUGGGACGAGCUCCUUCCACAAGAAAUGCAGAUGCUUUACCACUGAUGGACCCGAUAAGGAGUUCUUAUUCUCCCUGGUCACUGGAUCUUUUAAGGCGAAGAUCCCCAGAUGGAGUUGUUAGUUCUUCUAGAGGUAUCUCACCACCAAGGAGAGGGGAGGAACCGCAGAGAAGACCUCUGGUGACGUCUUAUGAUGAUCCGAGACUGAGUUCAUACACAAGGAAAGAUGUCUCUGAGUUUUCACGCCCCAUGACUUCUGCAGGUUACCUGUCAAAUACAUCCCAACCUGCUGGACCAGGAAAGACUGUCGCACCAUUGCGUGCCCCAAUCCCUCAAUCACGGAGUUUAGUGCAGAAAAGUUCAUAUGGAAUUGAGGAUCAACCUACUGUUGAUAGCUUUUUGCACUCUUUGGGUCUAGAUAAAUAUGCAAUCCAUUUCAAGGCUGAGGAAGUGGAUUUGUAUUCACUGAAGCAGAUGGGUGACAAUGAUCUGAAAGAGUUGGGAGUACCCAUGCUGAUUACAUCCAGGAUCUUGUGGAUGAAAGUCAAAAGGAAAGGGACUACAGGGAAUAAGUAACAGCAUUUCCACAUGAUGUGAAGUCAAAAGGAAGUGACUAUGGGGAAUAAGUAAACAGCAUUUCCAUAUGACAUAUCUAUAGUUUGGCAUGCGUCAAAAUAUACUUGUCUUUACCCCUUUGCUUUAUUGUUAACAGUUCUCAGAUAAUGGUUUUUUUUUUUCUUUCCUAGCUUUUCCUAAAGAGAUGCCUAAAUUUGUAGGGUCCGAGAAAAAAGAUUCUGCUUGCCCUAGCAUCUCGUGCCAGGAGACAAGUGUGAUCGCAUGAACUGAUGCAAAUUCAAAUACAUUCUCGA